UUAACCUUGGAAGAGAUUAACGGACCACUAACAAACAAAUUUUGUUUUUCAUUAAAUUGUUUUAAUCAAAACAUCGUUGUAAUUUCAACCAAAAAAAAAGCUGCCGGCGCUUUACGAAGCCCUGAAACGUCUCGGUUCUUCCUUGAAAGACAAAACAGGAAUUUCGCAAACAGACAACCGAAUGAAAGCAAAUUCAAUUGCAACCUUAUUGCUCACUACCUGCCAGGACCAUAGAAUAGCAGAUGGCCAGGGCAAUUAAUCUACCGGAGUGGCAUGUGAAAACUUCAAUAGUGAUAGAAAUCUUUCCAAUUUUAUAAGUGCCGGAGAUCAGCAGUAGUCCCGAAUUAUAUAUCAGAGAAUGCUACAGACUUGAAAGUUAUUUCUUUUUUUUAGACAAUGGUUUUAUUCGGAAAUGUAAAACAAGCUGGGGUGAAAAUUUCCCGCUCCUGCCUUAAUUCCUAGAGUGUUUCAUGAUCUGCAACAGCCGAACAGGACAGGACAGGACAUUCUAAUAGCUCCAGAUUCGCCCAUGGGGUUUGGGACCGUUUCAAAUUUGCCCCUACAUUUGAUAGGGUAUGUGCUGGUCCAAUGAACUGUCUGAAAUAGAGUUGUUAAAAGCCUCAUGGAGAAACUCCACCUCGGCUACUUACCGACCAGCAUGGAUUAGCUGGCUUAUAUGGCCAUCAGAUAACAAUAUAAAAGUUAAUUAUCCAGAAGCAGAACCAACGGAUUAAGCAUGCUUCCUUUGUUCCCUGUGUGAAGUUAAAAAAUUAGCACCUGUCUUACUCAACAAGUGUGUGGUAGUUACUUUUACUAAUACAAAUAUGAGCUCUAUUAGGCUCCCAUUAGAUCAUAACGCAUAUAUUUUUAGGACAUUUUGCCAAAAAAUCCAGGACUGAAAAAGCUGCUUCCUGGCAAGUUGAAGAUCUGUUAGAUUUCUUCGAGCAUUACAACUUGGACUAGACAAGUUUGUUUGCAGCGUGCCGCCACGCCGGCAUUUACAAUUACUGGCGUCCGACAGAAGAGUACACGGCUUGACACUUUUAAUUAGAGACCAAGAAAACUUACAGGACAAAGACAACGAACUCAUAUUUUGGUCGAAGUUAAAUCCAAAACACCUUUUACAGACAAUCUGGAUGGUGUAUCAAAUCUGUGCCAUCAUCACGGUUCAACAUAGUCUAUUGGAUCAAGCAAUUGCGUUAUUCAAUCAUAGCAAGCUGGAUAAAGACCUUAUUUAAUGAGGCAAAUGGUUAUAUCAAUUUAGUUUAUGUUUCUCUGCAGCUAAUUAAAUAUAAUUAGAUGACAUAUUUUGUAGAGUUACCUCUAAUUUAUGAUAAAACAGACUAAUUUAUGAGAAUAAAAUAAAUAGAAAUAAUUAAAUUUAUCUAAUUAACCCUUCGUAAGCUUUAGGCCGUAUCCGGGCAUGUACUAGGAAUGCUUUGUUCCGGAUCCGUCCAAAUGCACUCGUCGUAGUUUUUACACAAAUAUAAUAUCUAAUAACAAGAAAUAAGGUGUUUUAUUAUUUGAAAUGUAUUUCUAACGAAUGAAGCCGUCAUAGACAACUGUCAAAUAUGAAUUUCAUCCGUUCAUUUAGCUAACCAAGUCAUUUCAAAUUGUGACUUCGUUGUGUUGCAAAGUGACUGAAGAACGUGUGAGAAAACUCGUCUUUUUUGGCUGUAAUUACAAACAGAUUAAAAUGGAACCCCAAACCCCAAGUACUUCCAGAAGCAUGUUUGUCGGCUUGGAGGUGACUAGAACUCCUCAGGGAUCCCUUAUUCGGGGCAGAGAUGUAGUCUUGGAGACAUCUGGAUCAGGGAGGAUUAGACCUUGGCGGCCCCAAAAUUUAUCUGUGGAAGGCGAAGCCAUAGAGAUCGUGGAUGAGUUGGUCCAUGGCGGCGAAAAAGUAGCUGCUGUACCAGAGGAACGUACGAAAGGUCAGCCGCGUAAUCUUUUUGGCCGAGAACCUGUAAGUUUCAUUUUCAUAACACUCUUUGAAAGUAUAAAUUACUUGCAUUGAGAAAGGGAUUUUUAUUUAUUGCCGCUCUCAUCGUGCACCGGACUAUCUGAUAGAAAUCUAGUCCAUCCAGUAACUAAGGUAAUGUAACUAAGGGUGUUUGGUUUGUGCUUCAAUAACACAAUUCUGCUAAAAUUGGCAAUGCGGUAUGAAUGUAUUGUAACUUCAUUGAUAUAAAGGUGUUUGGUGUAUGCUCAAUAACGUAAUUCAGCGAAAUUGGCAAUAUGGCAUGAAUAUAUUGAAAGUUAAUUGAAUAAAAAUGAACAGGAAUCUCUAUUCCUGUUCAUCGUUGGGAUACACUAAUUAUUCCUUUUUAUAAAAAUAUUGUGGUUGGCAUCUCUAACAAUACCCGCUUUUGUUAUGUUUGUGUGUAUGCUUGCAUGUGGUUUAGGGUUUGGUUUUUUUAAUAGGAUGAAGACAUACUGGAUCCUGAGCUGGCUGAAGAAUUAGCCAUCGACUCUGGAAGUGAUGAGGAUGCCGAGGAAGAAUUGACUCUCGAUCAGUUACAGCAGAUGUUGGAAUCAGAUGACGAUUUUAUUGAAGAUGAAGUUAGUGAGGAGCCAUUGACUUGGUCAUCUGAUUUUAACGAAUUUAGAGGGGUCAGGGAGGACUUCAACGAAGAAGCUGGUCCUAAAAUUGAGGGAACAAGUCCUUUAGGCUUGUUUACUCAAAUUUGGGACCAGCCUCUGAUGGAUUCUAUUGUCCACGAAACGAAUCAUUACGCUUGGGAAACAAUAACCGGUUUCUUUGAAACCGGAGACUCCAUGCCAAGUAAAUCUCGCAUGAACGACUGGGUGGAAACUUCGGUUUCCGAACUAUAUAGGCUUAUAGGUGUGAUGAUAUUUAUGUCAAUAUGUGUAAGAAGUAGGUUAGAGGAAUAUUGGAUGACGGGUGUGAUGGGUAUGCCGGAGUUUCGAAAACUGAUGUCAAGGGAUCAUUACGUAAUGCUCUUAAAAUUUUUGCACUUUACUGAUAACAACAACAUACAUGUACAGGGGCGUGAUAAGAAAAUAGCUAAAAUAAAACCUAUUAUAGAUUAUUUAAAUAAAAAAUUCCAGUCCAUUUACGUGCCUCACAGAGAAGUAUCGAUAGACGAAUCGUUGCUGCUUUGGAAGGGUCAUUUAAGCUGGAAACAAUGCAUUCGUUCCAAAGCAGCUCGAUUCGGUAUCAAAAGUUAUGAACUCUGUGAGGCCGUAACUGGAUACGUAGUAAAUUUAAUUUUGUAUGCCGGCAAAGGCACGACAACUGCAGAAACGGUUUACGGGUUUACUACAUCCACUGCCAAAAUAGUCCUUGAGCUUUUCAAGAACUAUUUAGGCAAGGGAUAUACCCUGUUCAUGGACAAUUUUUAUAAUUCUGUUCCUCUGACCCAAUUUCUAAAAAAACAUAAAACUGACGUAGUCGGUACUCUGAACCGUCGCCGAAAAGACACGCCCGUAGAAAUCCAAAAUUUGCAGGAUAAAAGGAUGGCUAGGGGUAGUGUGGUAAGUAGACACUGUGGUGAUGUAUCCGUCAUAGCAUGGAAAGAUGUGAAGCUUGUCACCACUGUAUCUACUUACCACAAAACAGAUAUGGCUCCAGGGCACAGGGCUGGCCAACCCUGCUCCAAACCAGUCGUGGUCCAUGAAUAUAAUAAAUACAUGGGAGGCGUCGAUCUCAAAGAUCAAAAGCUAAGCAUGUAUUUAUUAGAAAGAAAGAGGGGAAUCAAAUGGUAUAUUAAAGUUUUUAGACGUCUUUUAAAUAUAUCUAUUUUAAAUGCAUAUAUUAUAUAUUGUGCUAACAUUGGCCAGCAUAAAAAAAUGACUCACCGCCAAUUUCGUUUCAAGCUUGCUGAAGAGCUCUGCUUAGAAUUCGGACAAAACGUCUCCUCACGUUCGCGCCAGGUCCCCAUCCCCACCUGUAGCAGGCUGAACAGGGAUUUUAAUCAUUUCCCUGUUCAUAAUGAGGUGACCGAGGAGCGAACCAAAAAACAAGAUAAAUUUAAGAGGGGACGUUGUGUUAGAUGCAGGCAAAAAUGUAACAUCGCGUGCAGUCAUUGCACGGUGUAUAUUUGUGUUGGCCAAUGUUGGCUUGAGUAUCAUACUUUAGAAAAUCUAUAGUUUGUAAAUUACUUCUGUAGUUACAUAUAUAUAAAAUAUAUAAUUAAAUAUUAUCUAUUUAUUUAUAUUAGUUAUAUAUUUAUAUAAAAUGUGUGAUGUAGUAGUCAACACACCAGACUGCUACUUCCAGGUCUCGGGUUCGAUCCCCAGUCAGGUCAAGUUGGUAAAUUAUCUUUUUCAUAUUGACUUCUGAUCUUGGGUGUUUAUCUAUUUAUGUAUACAUUAUUUUAUUUUUAAAUAUUAAUAUUAGGAUUAUUGUUUAAAAAUACUUUUUUCUCUUUGAUCCCUUCUUUCUUAGGACUGCACUGGUUUGGUCUACGGGUUAUAAGAUACAUAGAAUGAAUAUACAAAUAAAAUAAAAAAAAAAAAAAUUCAAAGCCCUUCAGGCGAGUAGGCGACCAAUACUGUUGAAAAGAGUUUCUUUCGGCGUUUCUUCUCUUGCA